AGGGUUAGGUUGGUUAAGCUACGAGCUUGGGGGCUCUUUUUUUUUUGGAGGAAGUUUUGCUGUUUUAACGGGCUUCACCUCCGUGCAAUUGAUACGUUGCAAGUACAAUCAUCAAUGAUACUUAGGGAUAUUUCCAAGAGCACUUUUACUGUCGAAUAAAGAAUCACGUUGUAAGUCACAAGGUUCAUUUUUUCAGUCAGUGUUUCACUUUGGCACCUCCCAUUCCCGGAAAAAAUAUGCGGAUCUGAAGUCUUUGCUGCAACUCGGGGAGAAAAAUGCACCUUAAAGGAACGAUUGAAAAAGAAGGGAAGUGGCGGGUGAGGGUGGAGCUGCUUAUUUCCCAUCUCUCGCAGGAGGGUGGGAGUCGUGUGAAGGGACGAAGGCUGACCCCAUUAUAGUAGUUUUUUUUAAUUUUAUGUUUCAUGACUAUCAUUGGCUGAGGAGUCCUAAGGAUUUAGCGCCUGUCUCUGGCCUCGGCGGGAUACGAGAGACAGUGUUUAUGUACAAUGGAUAAAGCCCCCUUGUGGUUCAAGAACAUGUUUACCAGAAAGGAGACAGAAGAAAGCAAAUCGAUUAUGCAGAAAAAUUCAUGUGCUGAGAAUAAAACAUCCUGUUAUGGCAGCAUUAAUGGAGCAGAUGCUUCUGAGGUGUCUUGUGUUCCUUGUGGUAAUCACACCAAUCGAGGUUUUGUCACUUGUCCUACUUGCCAAGGCACUGGAAGAAUCCCCAGAGAGCAGGAGCAACAGUUAGUGGCCCUCAUUCCAUAUGGAGAUCAGCGGCUAAAGCCUAGACGGACGAAGCUGUAUGUAUUUCUCACAGUAGCCAUUUGCCUGCUGACAACUUGUCUCAUGAUGUACUUCCUGUUCCCACGUUCAAUUGCGGUGGUCCCCUCGGGUCUCAAUGCCUCCACCAUCUCUUUUGACAAUUCUACUUCCAGCAUCAUCCUGAAUAUGACUAACAUAUUAAAUGUGACAAACAACAAUUUUUAUCCUGCGUAUGUGGCUCAGCUUGACAUUGAAGUCUUUCAUAAAACAGUGGUGAUUGGGAAAAAAAUGGUGAUGACUCAGUUGGAUAUCAGGCCUUUGCAGAGUGCCCAGAUCCUUUACAGUGUUUCUACUACAAUCGUGGAUACCAACACUUACAAAAUUUGUACAUGGAUCAAAAUAAAAGUUCACAAUGUUCUUCUGCAUAUACAAGGUACCUUGACUUGUUCCUAUCUCUCUCAUUCGGAGCAACUCUCCUUUGAAAAUUACCAGUAUGUGGAUUGCAGAGACAGUGUCCUACUGUCUUGAUUCUAAAGUCUCCCAUGGCUACAGUAGUCCUGGAGGAACUUAUUUUGGCUGUCUUCAAUCCCCUUCAGAGAAAUUGCAGUAGCCUGCUUUUAAUGCUUCUGGGGACUUGUAGUGUGGGAAGAAACUGAAGUUUUGAUUUUAUGAACAGGAAGAUGGCUAUGGUAACACAUUCCUUUUAAGAUAGCAUACAAUGAUGCUAAUGGACCAGCAAUAUUCUAAAAGAAUAGCAGAAUGGCACCCGAAUGCAGAAAAUGGAAUGCAAGAACAUGCGAACAUGAGACAGUUAUACUUCAUAUUGGAAUUUCAGUGGAUUUAUAGGCUGCAUGGAUCACAAAGUAGCUGCUGAAUUUGCCCUGAUACGUUUAUUUCUUUUGGAAAUUACUCCCUAGAACUGGGAUUUCUAAACAAUGAAACUUACCAAUGUAGAGUUUAUGGAGGGCUGGGAGCUGAUCUGAUGCAUUUUCAUUUUCCAAGAACUAUCUUCUCCCAUACCAAUAAGAGGAGGAAAACCUGAACUUUUUGAAGGAGGCACUACCACUGAAUUAAGGUUGUACUUCUUCUCCCACUAGAUUUUCCCAUGUCCGUUAGUUCAGCUCUUUUACAAGUUGGAGGGUGGGGGGAGGCUCACAAAGUCAAAAUUAUUGCUCUGUUCAAAUCCUACUUUUCUAAAUCUAUUUCUACUAUAGCAUUAUUUUCUUGGUUUCUUUUUAAUUAACUUUUUAAAAGCAUAGAAUGCAA